AGCGUUGUUGCUCGCUCCCCGUUGUUAUAUAUUUUCCACGUACUGAAACCAAUGGACCAAGGUCAGCUAAACCAGUUCUGUGAGCUUCUUAAGGGGCUCAUGUCGCCUAGUAAUGAAGUCCGGAAGCCUGCCGAACAGCAGUAUCAGAAUACCAAGGCUCAGAACCCCGACCAGGUCACCCAGGCCUUGCUAGCUGUUAUCACCUCACCCGAGCGAGAUGCCACUUUGAGGCAACAGGCUAGUAUCCUACUGCGACAGAAUAUGAGGGUUCUUCGAGAGAAGGACUUCGUAUGGCCGAAGUUGUCUGAGCCGACCAAGCAAGCUGUGAAGUCCUCGUUGUUAUCCAUGGUGGCUAGUGAGGCCAACAAGACCAUGCGGCAUAAGAUAUGUGAUUGCAUAGGAGAGCUUGGGGGUUACCUUUGCGCUGACAACAGUAACAACCAGUGGCCCGAGCUCCUGCCGACUCUCCUGCAGAUGAUAGCUUCUAAUGAAGCCGCGCCGAAGGAGUCCGGCCUCAGGAUUCUAGUCGAUCUCAUCCCUGCCGUUGGCAGUAUGCUGAUGCAGAACUCAGCCAAUGAUGUUGUUGCCGUAUUAAAGGGCUCAAUGGAGCACAGUGAUAUCCAAGUCAAGGUCCAGGCUGUGAAGGUCAUCUGCUCGAUCGUCGAGAGCCUUCCUACUCGCCAUUGGAAGCCUGUGCAGGCCCUAUGUCCCAUGGUCCUCAGUACUAUACAGUCCCUCUGUACUGGUACUAUGGAUGAUGAAGUUAACGAUUGCCUUGAGAGUCUCAUUGGUGUGGCUGAUGAGGAGCCUGCCUACUUUCGUCCUUAUCUAGCCGAGCUAUGCAGGACUGGCUUUGGUAUAGCUCAGGCUAAGGAUGCUAUUGAGGACGGCCCGAGGCAGUUGGCCUUCGAGAUGAUCACAUCACUGGCUGAGAAGAAGGCCAAGAUGUGCAUGAAAGUUCCCAACUUCAUCACUGAUGCCGUUAAGACCUGCCUUAUAUUCAUGUUGGAGAUAGAUGGUGAUGGUGAUGACACCGAAGCCUGGUGCAAAAGAUUCGCUGAUCAGGAUGAUGAUGAGGAUGUGACCAACUAUGAGGUCGGCGAGGAGAACAUUGACCGUUUUGCACAAGCUCUUGGUGCUGAGAAGACCCUGCCGGUGGUCUUCCAAGCUGUGGCUGAGUUCAUCAGAAUUGGUACGUGGAAGCACAAGGUGGCCGCUAUCAUGACGCUGAGCCAAGUGGCUGAGGUUGUCGAGGAGGAGACGCAAAUGGAUGAGAUCGUCAAGCUGUUACUACAGCACAUGGGUGACCAACACCCCCGUGUACGUUAUGCGGCUCUGCAUGCGAUGGGCCAGACGGCUACUGACUGCACACCUUACGUGCAGGAGGCCUGGUCCCAAGAGGUCUUGACUGCUCUAGAGAAGGCUAUGGACGACCCGAUCCCUCGUGUGGCAUCUCACGCCUGUGCAGCCUUCGUCAACUAUGCUGAGGAUGUCGAGCAGGAGGCUCUCAUACCCCACGUUAAGGUCCUUAUGGAGAAACUCUAUCGUAAGCUGCAGAUGGACCAGCCGAGACAGAUUCGUGAACAAGCCAUUACUGCUAUCGCUGUUAUUGCUGGUGUAUCCGAGUCGCACUUUGUCAACUACUACUCCCACAUUAUGCCGCUUCUCAAGCAAACAGUGCAACAGGCCUCAUCCAAGGAUGAGAGGACCCUACGAGGGAAGGCGUUUGAAUGCCUCUCCCUGUUGGGGUUGGCAGUCGGCAAGGAGGUCUUCGCCAACGAUGCCGUUGAGGCCAUGCAGGCUAUAGUCUCGAUGCUACGUGAGCCCGAGAAGCACUUUGAAGAUGACGAUCCUCUGAAGGGCUUUGUGUUGGAAAGUCUACAAAGGAUAUCUAAGACGCUGGGUUCCGACUUUGGCCAGUUCUUGCCGGCUCUACUACCGCUUAUUCUCAGUCAGCUCAGUCUGACGGCUGCUGAGGUUGAUGAUGCUUCUGAGCAGCAAGAUAUGACUAUGAUAAUGUUGGCUGAGGGCAAGUGUGUGGGCCUCAAGACUAGCGCCAUCGAGGACCUGGCAUCUGCCUUGCAGACUAUCAGCUGCUUCAUCGAGAACUGCGGACCAGCUGUUUAUAACCCGUACGUCAAGGAUACGGCGUUGAAGCUGCGUCCUCUCCUGGACUUCCAAUUCAAUGAUGAGGUCAAGUCAUUGGCUGUUAACGUUUGGUCGGAGCUCAUCUCAUGCGCCAGGCGUGCUAACGAUACUGCUACUGUCCAGGAUCUUUUGAACUCCUUCGUCGAGUCUAUGCUGAAGGCCAUGGCGCAGGAGGAUGAGCUCGAGCUCCUUGAAGCUGAGGCACGUGGUGUUGCGAACUGCGUUAAGAACGCCGGUCCUGGAACUCUUUCAGAGCAAGCUGUAUCGCAUAUAGUAGAGGUUUGUUUUACCCUCCUCAAGGAGUCCUUCAACCGUCGUGCUGAUGCUACAGCUGAGGAGGAGAGUGGCGAAUGUGAUGAGGACGAGGUUGACGAGAUUCGUAACAUCAAAGAGAUGGACGAGUGUGUGCGUAUUGCCAUUACUGAAAUCGGUGGCGCCCUUAUGAGGGAGCACAAGCAACUCUUCGUCUCGACUGGUGGUCUACAGAAGUCCAUAGAAUUGGUACAGAAGCUCAUCGAUACUCGAUGCAUGGCGCAGGAUAGGUGCUUAGCUCUCUACAUUGUUUGCGACUUCCUCGAGUGCCUUGGCCCCGAUUCGGUCCAGGCUUGGAGCAUUUUCAUGGAGCCAAUGGUUGCCGCUAUUACUGACAACAACUCAUCAAUCCGACAAGCGGCUGCCUAUGGCGCUAACGUGGCCUGCAAUAUCCCACAAUUUGGUGAUAUCGCUGCUACGGCCGCUGCCCAAUUAUACAGGGCCAUGCAGAGACCGGAUGCUCGUAGUAAGGAUAACAUUGCAGCUCAUGAGAAUGCAGUGGCGGCACUGGGAAACGUGUGUGAGAAGUUCGAGCAGAGGUUGGGCAAUGACGCCGGCAACUACUGGGCAGCUUGGAUAAAGAACUUGCCUAUCAAGCAGGAUGAGGAUGAGGGGAAGAAGACACAUGCUCAGUUGGUCCGUCUUGUUAAGGAGCAACGACCAGGAGUCCUUGGUGCGAACAACAGCAAUUUGGGUGUAAUAGUCCACGUAUUGGCACUCGUAUAUAAGAAGGAUUAUAGCAAUGCCCUUAUCGAUCGGGCAAUAUGUGAGGUCCUCGCCGGGCUGGGUGAGGCCACCAUUGGAGGCCUUCAAGGGUCGCUUAAUGACAAGUCUAAGAAGGGUGUAAUGAGAAUACUGAAUGACGCUAAGAGCAUGUAACAGAACCCCUAACAAGUUUACUGUAUUAUCGAUUAUCGCAAUCAGAAAUGAGUAGUUUAUACCCGGUGGACGAUGAUGUUGUCAAUAGUUACUACUGUCUCCUUAAUCGUUUCCUUCUUCUCUCCUUCCCGUUCCCAGUAGCUUCAUCGAGAGGCGAAUUGUCGUUAUUAAUAAGAGUUAUUUACUAUUGGCUACUACAAACUAACGUACUCGC